AUGUAUCCAAAUGAAUCUCUCUUCUCACUGGUCCUGACUUUUCACUCUCUGGAACUGCCUGAGACAAGCAUUUAUCCUGCAUUCAUAUUUGGAUUAACAACAUACUUGUUUAUCUUACUCUGCAAUCUCACGAUUAUUAAUACAAUUUGCAUGAACAGAAAUCUUCACAAACCAAUGUACAUACUGUUGCUUAACCUGCCCAUCAAUGAUGCAAUGAAUGCUACAAGCCUUUUUCCUCAACUGCUGUAUAGUAUAUGGUCUCAGGACAGAUCAAUAUCCUAUCCUGCAUGUUUUCUUCAAGGCUUUUUAGCACACCUGAAUGGUGGAGCAUCUUAUCUUAUUCUUACCGCUAUGGCCUAUGACAGGUAUAUCGCUAUCUGCUGCCCGCUGAGAUAUGGAGCCAUUAUGACUACCAAUAACUUGGUGAAAAUCAUAACUGGUAUGUGGCUUUUAAAUUUUUUUCUUAUAACUGUAGUUUUCACUAUUCUAUUACCUUACAGGAUUUGCCAGACACACAUGACAGAUCUAGUCUGCUAUAAGACAGCAUUAAUGAAACUCUUAUGUGAUGGCACAGAGGUGAACAAUAUAGUUGGGUUGAGUUGCAUCAUUUUUUAUCACGGCCUUUCACUUUCUGUUGUGGCAUUUACAUACAUUCAUAUAUUAAUCACAUGUGUUACUAAUAAACAGUCUGAUGCAAAGAUUAAGGCACUUCAGACAUGUGGUACACAUUUGGUUGUCUUCCUGUUGUUAGAGCUUAACACUCUUUUUCCUCUUAUUUCACAUCGAUUUGAGUUUGUUCCCGCUUUCCUACGCAGAGUGUUUUCCAUUUCCAAUUUUAUUUUUCCACCUCUUGUGAAUCCACUUGUAUAUGGUUUUAAAACUAAAGAGAUCAGACAGAAAAUUUUCACCUGUUUUAAAAACAAGAAGAUAAGUAGUUUCUGA